GUAUUCCAAUCUAAUGCGAAAUUUGGAGACAUUCCGAAACCAGUCACCGUAGCCAAGCGUUUGUCGCAAUGUCUUCAUCCUGCUCUACCUAUGGGGGUUCAUUUGAAAGCAUUAGAGACAUAUCGACAAAUUUUUGAUAUACUUGGGCCUCAUGCUUUGCCAAAGCUUCUGUAUUUGUUUGCUGUCGGCUUAUUUCCCCUUAUGGACCACUGCGGCAUAAAGGUAAAAACUGAGUUGUUCAACAUCUUUGAGCAAUAUCUUCUACCAUUGGGCCAGAAUCUGCGGCCUGCGCUACCUGGCUUUUUGGCUGGCGUUCUAUUGGGACUAGAGGAAGGAACUGAGUUUUACGAAAGAUCUUUAUCUGUAUUGGAUCGUGUUUGUGAAGGAGUUGGAGAGCGAGCAUUUUUUGCAUGCCUCUGGCAAGCAGUGCUCGGUUCACCAUCGGUUCGACUUCCCGCAAUGUUGUACGUCAACGCUAAAUUUGACAAAUCUCGCACUUUCGACGAUCAGAUUGCCAUCGUCGGGGAUCACGUUAAUCAUAUGGUAAGCUUUGAACUUUUCUCUUGCUGA